AUGCCUCUGGAACAUGAGCUUAGCUACCUCCCCAUCAUCCAGAGCCCCCUCGUCCAACCCGAAAAAGACGACGAUGUAGAAGACAUCGAGUCGGCACGUCUCGACUCCCACUCCAGCCCAUCGCCGAAACCAGAACCCACCCCAGAUGCAUCGACACCCCAAUUCCGCCGCUUCCAACAAUCCACCAACAUCGAACUCUUCUACGACCUCUUCUUCGUCGCCAACCUCACCGUCUUCACCUACGAACACGAAGUCAACGAUGGGGAGAGUCUGAAGCAGUACGUCGGCUUCUUCUGCAUCAUCUGGUUCACGUGGUAUCAGGUCAGCUUGUAUGAUGUGAGGUUCUUUAUGGACUCGGUGUUUGAGCGGGUUUGUAAGGCAAUGCAGUUUCUGGUUAUGAUCGGGUUUGCGGUUGUGGGACCCGAGUUCAAUCCUGGGGAGGAGGUGGAGAGGGGGGAGGCGAAUGGGGAGGGGCCGAGUCUGAUUUAUUUUGCUUUGUACUUUGCAAGGAACUACAAAAAAGUCGUCCUCCCCAUGCUCCUCCUCGUCGGCACAUACUUCGUCGCCGCCAUGGUCUACCUGGGCCUCUACUGGACCUUCCACCUCAACUCCACCGGCGAGAACCACACGUACAUUGUGUGGUACGUGAUUGCGGUUUUGGAGACGAUUCUGGCGACGGCGGUGUCGGUCGUGUGGAGGAACCUUAGUUUUCAAGGCACGCAUCUUGUUGAGCGGAUGUCGUUGUUGACGUUGAUUAUCUUUGGGGAAGGAGCCAUUGGCAUUGCAAGAGCAUGUCAAAACAUUGUCUACUCCGACGACGUCUUCGAUUUCGUUGGACCUGUAGCAGCAGCCAUCGUCUGCGCUGUGUUCAACCUCUACUUCGUCUGCCUCCCCAUCCUAUUCCCAUCCCCUUCCACGCUGACGAUACAUCCCCAGAUGUACAUGAUCUACUUCGACUGGCAGCACGAAGAGCUCUUCGGCACCAUCCGCCAACAAAUCUGGUCCUUCCUCCACUUCCCCCUGCACGUCGCCCUCGUUCUCGCCGUCGAGGGCUUCUCCCAAUGCAUCACCUGGACGGCCGCCGUCCGGCGCAACAACGCCCUCCUCAAGGAAUUCAACCACUGGAACACCAUCCUCGACAACUUCACCAACCCGGACAUCCCACCAUCCUCCUUCCAAUCCGCCGCCACAGCCCUCAAUCACACCGCCCUCGAACUCCUCGACCGCUCCCUCUCCCGCUCCAGCGCCCUCCUCGCCACCUCCCAGGGCAUCGGCUACUACUACCAAACCAACGACUCCGCCAUCCCCACCAUCGCCGCCGGCCCGGAGGAUCUCGAAGGCGCCUAUAACGCCUUCGCCUGGCUGCUCGGCAUCCUCUUCAACACCGUCUUCAAAAUCGCCGGCUUCGAACCGCCCGCUUCCGCAGCCGAAAUCAACGAAGCAGUGGAAUACCUCCAAGGCCCGCUGGACUUCGACGAGGUGCCCCACGACCACUGGCGCGACCAGAGCGUCGAGAAUAUCACCAAGGCGUGGACGGUGUUCGAAGUGACGUUUGUGUAUUUCUACGUCACGAUGGGGAGUUUCCUCGUGCUCUGCACGGUGCUGGCGUGGUUGAAUCGGGGACGGAAGACGAAGCUUUUCAUGUUUCGACUCGUCUUCACGGCGGUCGUUGGGCUGGGCAUUGCGCUGUUGGCGACGAUGGAUGCGACGGGGACGGUUGGGGGGUUCGUGUUGAGUGCGUGGUUGUUGCCGACGAUUACGAUUUGUUUGUUUGUUGACGAGCCCCAUCACCGCAAAUACAAGAGUUCCUUCGAAGCGAGCAGUUGUCACUGUAGAAUGAAUCCCGGGUGGAUCUGGGCGAAGUGCAGUCCGAUUUCUGGAAGAUCAGGAGGGUUUAGCGACGACUCCUUCCUCCACAUCGCCAUUGUGGUCAUCAAACUCAGCUACUGCAAGGACUUAAGCAAAGCUCCCCGAAGCAAGCAAGCAAGCUGGAGAAAGGCUGCCGUUCGAAGCUGA